AGUCUAUUUAUAAAUCCCAUCAACAACACCGUUGAUAGUUGACUUGCUCUGUCUGGCCGUUGGUAAAAGUCCGGAGUUCAUUGCUUAUUUGAACCGUGCGAGAGCCGUGUUCUUAUUUGAAACGGAAAAAUGUCUGUAGCGGCGAAUAUUGCUCCAGAAGGACAAAUUACAAAGAAUUCGUCUACUAAGGAAGUUAUCAUUGGACGACCCCGUUCUUAUGGCAUUGAAAUACUUCGCAACCCUAUUUUAAAUAAAGGGAUGGCCUUCACAUUGGAAGAGAGGCAGACUUUGGGGCUCCACGGUCUCCUGCCCCCAGCCCUGGUUGACCAGGACAAGCAAGUCUAUCAAGUAAUGCAAAACUUCUACCGCUGGGAUAACGAUCUGGACAGAUUCAUCUUCAUGAUUGGUCUGCAGGACAGGUCGGAGAAGCUCUUCUACAGGGUGAUCACCGAGAACAUUGAGCUGAUGAUGCCUAUCAUCUACACGCCAACUGUAGGACUCGCCUGUCAGAAGUAUGGCAUGGUGUACAGGAAACCCAGAGGCUUGUACAUUACCAUUCACGAUCUCGGACAUGUUUACGACAUCCUCUGUAACUGGCCGGUCGAUAUCGUCAAGGCAAUUGUUGUGACAGAUGGUGAAAGGAUUUUGGGUCUUGGUGACCUGGGUGCCUAUGGUAUGGGAAUCCCUGUAGGUAAACUCUCACUUUACACUGCCUGUGCAGGCAUACCACCCCAGAGUUGUCUGCCCAUCACCAUCGAUGUUGGUACUAAUAAUAAGGAUUUAUUAAAUGAUCCCUUGUAUAUUGGACUUCGUCAAAAGAGAGUGACUGGCCCUGAAUAUGACAAACUCAUUGAUGAAUUUAUGAAAGCUGUUGUCAAAAGGUAUGGUGAAAGUUGUUUGAUUCAGUUUGAAGAUUUUGGAAACCAUAAUGCUUUUAGACUGUUAGAGAAGUACAGAAGUCACUAUUGUACUUUUAAUGAUGAUAUACAAGGUACGGCUGCAGUUGCUGUGGCUGGUAUUCUCUCCAGUCUCAUGAUUACAAAAGUGUGUCUUAAGAACAAUGUGUUUCUCUUUCAAGGUGCAGGGGAGGCCUCUAUAGGUAUUGCUAAAUUAUUGGUGAAAGCCAUUGUAGCCAGUGGCCAAACAGAAGAAAAUGCUUUAAAGCAAAUCUGGUUGGUUGAUUCCAAAGGCCUGAUAGUCAAGAAACGCCCUAAAGGUGGGGUAGAAGGGGAGAAAGUAUUGUUUGCUAAGGAUCAUCAGCCACUUGAUAAACUGGAGGAUGUUGUGGAAUCAAUUAAACCAACAGUUCUCAUUGGUGCUGCUGCUAUCCCUGGAGCCUUCACUGAGAAAAUAUUAAAGGACAUGGCCAAGUUUAAUGAGAUUCCUGUCAUCUUUGCUCUGAGCAAUCCAACUAGUAAAGCUGAAUGCACAGCAGAGGAUACUUACAAGGCAACAGAUGGCAAAGCAGUAUUUGCCAGUGGUAGUCCAUUUGAUAAAGUUGAACUCAAGGGCAAGACCUUUCACCCAGGUCAAGGCAACAAUGCCUACAUAUUUCCUGGUGUUGCUCUUGCUGUCAUAGCUGUGGAUAUACGUUGUAUAACAGAGGAAGUGUUCUUGGCUGCAGCAGAGUCUCUUGCCAAAAUGGUUACCAAAGAAGAUCUGGCAGAGGGCAGAGUCUACCCCAAGCUUUGUCAAAUCAGAUCUGUUUCUCUGCAACUUGCUGAGGAUGUCAUCAACUAUGCCUAUAACAACAACCUGGCCUACCAUUAUCCUCGGCCAAGUAACAUCCAAGAAUUUCUGAGGGACUUUAUUUAUAACACAGAUUAUGAGUCUUAUCUCCCUCCAGUCUAUAACUGGCCAAAGUACAAUGAGCUUCCCAUCAAUGCCUAAUCUUAUUUAUGAACUGUCCCUCCAGGAGUGAUUCAAUAUUAUUUAUUUCAAAGAGCAAUGGUUAUUUAUUUCAUUAAUAACAAACUUUACCAGCUAAAAUCAAUAAAUAUGUUUCAAACCCUGUUUAAAAAUAAAUCUUUUACAAUAUUUAUUGACCACAUUUUAUAGGACUUAUACAUUCAUUUUUUAUUCUCAAAACAUUUUCCAAUGUUACUGUGAUAUUCAACUGACAUUCAGAACAAAAUCUUAUUUUAAAAAUGUCUUUGAAUUAUUAGAGAUUAAUUAUUUAGCUUGAUUGAUGUGUCUUAAAGGUAUGGACUGUUGGUUUGGAUUUCAAUCUCACUGCCUUUAGAAAGAGUGUAACUAUUGUUAGAACAGCUUACAACAAUACAUCCUUGAAUGUUUUUAGUUUUUUAAUGAGAUUCUUUUCUAAGAAGUUGUUCACAUAGGCUACAUAACCUUUAUAUUUUAGAAAUCCUUCAAAGUUUAUCAAUAACACUGAGCCAUUUUGUCUUCAGAAUGUCUGUUACCCAUGUUUUAAACAAACCUAUGUGUAUGUUCGAGAUCUCUAUUGAGAUAAGAAAGUGUUCUAUUCAGCAAUUACUUCAUAGACUUUAAUAGAGUCUGAAUAUUUAUUAGGCAUUUAUUGUAGUCAUUGUCAAUUAUAGAAAAACAACACUCUACAAUGUUUAUCAUACUGAAAAUGGUGGUGUUUUUAAGUAAUUCUUUACUACAGUUCAACAUUAUAGUGUGAGAAUACGUUAUGAAGAAAUGUUCUUGGAUACAUUCCUCUAAUUAGUAUUAAAACUAUUUUAGGUUCACUGUUAGUCAAUGUUUUGUAUUUCAAACUGAACCAUGACAUUCUAAACUCCACAUUCCUUCUGUUUCCUAAUAUUAAAAAGUAUUUAUAUUGUGUGCCUUGUAUUUUGCAUUGUAAAACAAUGAAUCAAAGUCAGCUACAUAAAAAUAGUCAAUCGCUAGUAAAUAAUAUCUUAGUAAUGUCAAGAAUAUAUUUUAUGAAUUACAUCUGCAAGCUUAACAAGGUCAUUUUAGUAUGUUGUAUUUUCUAUUUUUCUUAAUACAACUAACUAUGUUUAAUAAAAUGUUGAUUUUAUUUGAUAAUAAAUCCAUUAUGACAAAAUGUUA